UUGAGUUUUAGACCCUGCCGACCGUGUCCUUCUAUUCCGAUGGAUUUUUCCCACGGGUCAAUGGAACGGCUUCGCUCGAUCUCGAUUCCACGGGAUAUCACGUAUGUUCUCUUGCCGCCCUUUGCCGUUCUUUCUCAAGGGAAUGACCGAUGGUCACUUUUCCCCAACGUCGUACGGAUUUCGGAAACGUCGAUUCUGCAGUCACUUAGCGAAGACGCGGAGAUGACGGAUUCACGGAGGGAAGCUGCGCGCGAAAAGCUUCGGCGAGACAGUUUAUAUGUGAGCGCCAUAAUACAGGAACUGAAGCAGGAAAUUAGCGAACACGGAACUAUCGAGGUAUUAAUCAAGGAGAUCGAGAGGGUCACGUCGCGGGAGGAGCAGGAGCGUCUUUUAACCGAGGAGAACGGGAGGAUGCAGACGAUCGUGGCGGAGUUGCGAAAAGCGAUCGCCGAUAAGAAAACAUCGAGCGAGAGGGAGGAGGAACUUUUAACGAGAAAGCUCACUUUGACACGGGACGAGAGGGAGAGACUGAAACUAAUUAAGGACGUAGAGAUGAGAUACGUCCGAGCGUGGGAAAAGGCACGUCGCGAACAGAACGUGCUGCGUUGCGAGUCGGAGAUGGACAAGUUGGAGAGGACUCGGAAUGAUUAUUACGUGCAGGAGAGAGACGAGAAUCGUGUCAAUGGCGAAUUGACGCGCUAUCUGACAUGGCGUACGGCGCUCAUCGAGAACAGAAUCGAACGGUGGCGGCAAAGGUACGAUCGGGAGAGGGAAAUGUAUGAGAAGGAGAUCGGCGAAGUGCGCAAUGAGAUAGAAGACGCUCGGAAAUACUUGGAGGAGCUUACAACGGAGUAUCGCAGUAAUCAGGAAUUCAUCGACACGUACCUUGCAGAACAAGAGGCGCUCCGACUGCGAAAGGAACACGAGGAUCACGUGCAGCGCAGCGCGAUCAAAAUGCAGGCCUGGUGGCGGGGCGUUAUGGUGCGGCGGAAGUUGGGGCCGUACCGACCUGAGGAAAAAAAGAAGAAGCGACCUGCUAAGACGAAGAAAUAACUUUUCCGCCAGCUGAAUUAUGUGACAGCGCACCGCGUCGAUUUUAAUUUGUAUCAACCUUUGACGCACGAGAAUUAAUCUACCGGCAAAUCUAAUCGAGGCUACGGCUGGUUAACUGACUUUACGAUGCAGUAAGAGUUUUAAUUCCAAAGCGCGCGAACAUCAACUGACAACGAAGGGAGAACGUCAAAAUUACUCAUGUUUGUCCAGUCAACUCGCCGUGUUUGACGGGAAUCGCAGAAGCGGAGUUUGCGUAGCGAUUUCUUUUAAGUUAUUUUUCUUUCCUGUAGAGGCAAUAUUGAUUCUACUUAUCGAAACUGGAUUAGCGAUUGAAGUAUAUUUUCAUCUUAUUUCGACUCGGCGCAAUCUUCAAACUCGAUACACGUACAAAUAAACAUAUUGCAUC